ACAAUCGAAGAUUGAAAGCCUCCUGUAAAAAAAUUAGAAAAAAAAAGGGAAAGAGAGAACAAGGAUGAUGACAAUGGAGGGGACGAUGGAUAAGGGGGUGUUGGACGAUAUCAUACAGCGGCUGCUGGACGGCAAGGGCGGGAAACAGGUGCAGCUUUCGGAGGCGGAGAUCCGCCAGUUGUGCGUCAACGCACGGCAGAUCUUCCUCUCUCAGCCGAAUCUCCUCCAGCUCCGUGCCCCCGUUAGGAUCUGCGGUGACAUUCAUGGGCAGUAUCAAGACCUUUUGAGGCUCUUUGAGUAUGGUGGGUACCCCCCUUCCGCAAAUUACCUCUUUCUAGGCGAUUAUGUCGAUAGAGGCAAACAGAGUCUGGAAACAAUAUGCUUACUUUUGGCUUACAAGAUAAAGUAUCCAGACAAAAUUUUUCUUUUGAGGGGAAACCAUGAAGAUGCCAAAAUUAACCGUAUUUAUGGAUUUUAUGAUGAAUGUAAGAGGAGAUUCAAUGUUCGACUCUGGAAGAUAUUCACCGACUGCUUUAAUUGUUUGCCUGUAUCUGCCCUCAUUGAUGAAAAGAUACUCUGCAUGCAUGGGGGACUUUCCCCUGAGCUUAAACAUUUGGAUCAGAUAAAAGAACUUUCUAGACCCACUGAAAUUCCAGAUAGUGGUCUCCUCUGUGAUUUGCUUUGGUCUGAUCCUGAUCCAAGGAUACGGGGUUGGUCUGAUAGUGAUAGAGGCGUUUCAUGUGUUUUUGGGCCUGAUGCAGUUGCCGAAUUUCUGCAGAAAAAUGACUUGGACCUCAUUUGCCGGGGUCAUCAGGUGGUGGAGGACGGGUACGAGUUUUUUGCCAAAAGGAGACUCGUAACACUCUUUUCAGCUCCAAAUUAUGGUGGGGAGUUUGACAAUGCAGGUGCCCUUUUGAGUGUAGACGAAUCACUUGUUUGUUCCUUUGAGAUCCUAAAACCUACGGCAAGCACUUCAAAGGUUCCCCUAAAAAAGCCCCCCAAAAUUGGAUCCAUGUAAUUCAGCCAAAAGUGAACGUGUAAGUUUUAUGCAGCGACUAGGUGUUAAUGGAAAAGGCUACGUCCUGAUUGCUUUUUUUUCUGUCCGUAUAUAAACUGUUAUGCACUGGAGGUGUGCCAGAAAAUUUCAGAGCUUAGCUUUGAAGACAGUUUAUUACUAUGGACUACCAAGUUAAAAAGGAAGAAGGAUUGUGUAAAGAACAAAGUUGUUGCACUCUGACUCUUGUGGUAGGAAAAUCUAAGCUGUGACUGUUUAUUUGCUGGCUUGCUACAAUUUGUCGCAAAUGCUCAUACGAUUUCUAGUACCAAAUGUACAUCCAUUCCUAUCAUCUGGGUUUUUUCUUUUCUUUGUUUUGUAGCGAAUUUGUAGCUGUAUUCAAACCUUAGUUACUGAAUUGAAGAAUAUUUUACCUUUUUGAGUUUUGAUGAUGAUAGCAAGUGUUGCCAGCGACAUUAUAUGUUUGAAAUUUUAACAUGACUUUACUCUCUUCUUUCUUGUACCGGCUUGUUCCU